CCUCCACCUCCGGUACCCAAGUGCUUCUAUUAUUCGACGACUGUCUACUUCUCCCUCUAGUUUUUUUUCCCACUGAAUUUUGAACCGGUAGCAACCUUUUCAAUCGCAAAUUCGUCAUCGAAGACACAAUAAUCUUCAUCAUCAUCAUCAUCACCAUCAUCAUCAUUGGAAUCCAAAGUUUUUUUCCUUCUUUGUGGUUUAACCCUAGUUCUUUUUCCACCCGAUUUCGUAUCCUUCGAUCUAAAAAUUACCUUUUGUUUCCUUUUCCUCCUACGACUACUAAUAAACUCAUCAUCAUCAGAAUCGGAACCAAUCACAUAUCCCUCCUUUUCCUCGGAAUCAUCAAAUCCCACCUCUUCUUCCUCCGAUGGGUUUUUAUGAUCAAGAAAUCCUUCAGAACCAUUAGAUUCUACAUCAUCAUCGUCCUCUAAUACAUAAUCAUCAUCUGAAUCAUCACUAUUACUAGUUCUUCUCUUCUCAUCAUUGUGUUUAGGAAUUUAUUCCCUCAUAUAGUACACAAAGAUAAAAGACGAUGUCUUUAAGGUGGUGCCACGUAUGAAACAACCACAUUGACCAUUGAAGAAGCUCUAACUAGGGUUUGAAGCAAAAGGUUUAUAUUGAACAACUUCUCUUUUCGCUUUCUGACCUCUGUAAAUUCUUCCCCAUGUUUACGAACAACAAGAGGCAGCAAGAACGGACAGGGCGUAACGGCAGCCCCAGGUUACAAUACCUUCAGGAGUUGGUGAGUGAAUUUCAGAAUGCUACUAAUGAAGAAACAAAGGAAAAAGUAGUUGCACACUUGGCUAACUUUGCCUAUGAUCCCUUCAACUUUACGUUUCUGCGCCAGCUUAAUGUUUUGGAUCUGUUCCUAGACUGUGUGACUGAGCCAAACGAGAAACUUGUGGAAUUUGGUGUUGGUGGUAUCUGCAAUGCUUCUGUUGACCCAGCAAAUGCUGCUCUUAUUUCUCAAAAUGAUGGAAUUCCUUUGGUUGUGCAAUGCUUAUCUAACCCUGUUAGAAAUACUGUGAACUAUGCACUGGGAGCUCUCUAUUAUCUUUGUAACCCUGUGAAUAAGGAAGAGAUCUUGAAGCCUGAAGUAGUUGAAGUCAUAGAAAGGUAUGCUUCAGCUGGAGCUGUAAGUGUAAGCUUUAGCAAUUUGGCCAAGGCAUUCUUGGAAAAGCACAGACCUGGGCAGACAUGAGACGCAAGACCAUACCGACAUGUGGCUGCAAGCAUUUUUUGGCUGGCAUAUUGAGAUGGUUUAAGUUUAAUCAUAUAACAGAACAGUCUUAUUUCAUUACUUAUUUUUUUUAUGCCCAUUUUUUUAUCUAGUAGCAAAAUACUUCUAUGCAGAUUUUAUGUAUUAAGUGUUUGAAUCAAAAAGAAUACCAAGCAUCGAUAUGAAACAUAAUCUAUAUUCGAGUUUAAUUCA